GGCACAACUUCAAGGUCAAUGCGUAUAAACGUCAAAUCUGACAUUUCAAAAAUAAUGUGAUUUUUUCACUUUUAAAUUUAAAUAUAAAAGCCUCUGCGAUGGACGACAAUUCAAUGUCGGAAAGAAUACUGAAAAAAAUCGAAUACAUCAUAAACCACGAUUCAGACUUGCAAGAAUUCACCAUUGUUCCUACUGAAGAGAAUACGAGUAACAAAUCUCCUGUUUUGUAUAUGGACCAUAAUUUAGGGUUAGAAUCGUGGUGCGUUAAAUACGUGUACAGACAUGCUUGUGCCGAUUUAUUUGAGGUGCGGUCAAAACUGGCCAAAAGAAAACUCUCUUAUCCGAACAUGGAAAAACUUAAUUAUUUAUUAAUGGGUGCUUUACUAAUACACCCUGAUGUCUCUACCUUUUGGGCGAUGAAGAGGGAAUUGGUGCAAGCUGAUGUAAUAAGUGCCGAACAAGAAUUGUUUUUCUUGAAGAUAGUCUUAAGUUAUAAAAGUAAAUCAAAUGAAGCCUUUUCGCAUCGAAGAUGGUUGUUGAAGAGGAUAUUACAGAAGGCACAUGUUAAUCAAGCUGAAAGAGUGAAUUAUUUAUUGCAUAAUGAGUUUUUAGUUACGGAAAUGGCAGCAAAUAAAAGUCCCAAUAAUUACCACUGUUGGAAUCAUAGGAUUUGGUGCAUGGAAAAUUUGGGCAGUAACUGUGAAAACAUCGAAACCAUCAUACAAAGCGAGCUGCAACUAAACUCAAAAUGGUUAACUGAACAUGUGUCGGAACACACAGGUUAUCACUAUCGCCAGUAUUUAAUAAAAUUAGUAAAACAUCUUCCAAACAUGAAGGAUUUUAGUUUGCAGUAUUUGGCAAGUCUUACCAACGUUUUAAAGGUAAAAGACCCCACUUCAACGUUGUUUAAUUUGCUGGGAAUUAGCAAUAAGUCGUUAGAUGAUUUACAUAUGACAAUAAAUGUAGUUUCUUUGUUAAUUUAUGAUUUGGCAGUAUUGUUAAAGAAUUUGAAUACUUUUUAUGAAGGCCACGAAAGCUUGUGGUAUCAUCGUAGGUUUGUCAUUAGAGAGUUAAUAAAAAUAAUGCAUGAAUAUUCGAAUACGCCUUUCAAUGUGAACAAUAAAGUGAACGAUUUAUAUGUUAAAGAUGAGAAAAAUAUAAUCCAAAGUUGUCUUCUUAGCGAUAAUUUAAGUAACUCCAGCGAAAACGGGGAAAAAUUGCCAAAACAAAAGAAAGUCAUGCCAAACAAGGUCGAAUCAGAUGUACCGCUUUAUUUUAUUUUAAUCGACUUGGAAAGAGAUUUUGUCAGGAAAAGUUGCGAGAAUAAAAGAAAUUUAGUACAAAUUGAGAAUGCCAGAAGGCAUGAGCAGUGGUUAAGAUUAUUUUUAGGUAUUAAUUUAGUUUAAGAAUUUCAGUUAACAUGGUGGAUCCAAAAAUAAACCUAUGACACCACAUUCUAUUUUAAAAUUAUACACUCACAGGCAAAAUAAUCGAUCCACACAAAUUUUCGAUGAAUUUCAAUCGCAAAUAACUUUUUUAUUUGAUUUCGGAUUUAAACAAAUAUUAAAGAAUAUUGUAGAUACAUUAAUGGAGAAUCGCUC